AUGAGUGCAGGGGACAUGGGAGAGGCUGCAUCGCCGGGAGCAGCGAGUGAAUCCCAACAGCAGCAGCAACAACAGCCAAUGCCGCUGAAACGCCAGGGUGCGGAGCAGCAGCUGCAGCAGCGUGCAACGCAGGAAGAGAGUGUGAAAAGGCAAGACCAAGAAGAUGACUCUCCCCAGCAGCAGCAGCAGCAGCUGCAGCAGCAGGAACAAGGUACAUCCGGCGAGCAGCAGCAGCAGCAGCAGCAGCCGCAGCAGCAGCAGCAGCAGCUGAAGCCAACGACGGCGAAUGGGGGGCCUUCGGAGGAUCAGCAGCAGCAGAUGCCGCCGCCGGCGCAGCAACAACAGCAGCCUGCAGCGCAGCAGCAGCAACAGCAGCCUGCGCAGCAGCAGCAACAGCAGCCUGCGCAGCAGGUUGCGCAGCAGCCGCAGGACCAACAAGAGCAGCAACAAGAGCAGCAGGAGCAGCAGCAGCAGCAGCAGCAUGCGCUGCCUCACAAGGCGCCUCCUGUUGAAGUGAAGCUGUUUGUGGGGCGGGUGCCUCGAUCUGUUCAGGAAGAGCAGCUUAGACAAAUCUUUUCUCAAUUUGGGGCUGUCACGGACUGCUCUCUGGCGUUUGCGGAUGCGGCUAUCCGCGCGCUGCACGGUACUUUAUGUUUAGAAGAGGGGGCGAGUCCUUUAGUGGUGAAGUAUGCAGCAGGAGAAGCAGAUAGACUGGGUUUAUCUGCAGCAGCAGCAGAUGGUGGGGUAGACAAGGCAAAGCUGUUUGUGGGCUCGAUCCCCCGCACGGCGACAGAGGAGGAGCUGCGGGUCUUCUUUAAGGAGUUCGGGUCGGUGGAAGAGGUGUUUAUUCUCAGGGAUAGCUGCAGUGGGGGGGGGAAAGGGUGUGCCUUUAUAAAAUAUCGAUAUAAAGAAGAAGCCCUGCAUGCAAUUAGGUCUUUGUCAGGGAGACACACAUUCAAGGGCUGCAACAGGGCUGUGGACAUCCGCUUCGCAGAGACGAAAGUCAAACAACCGCAGCAGCAGCAGCAGCUGCUCCAGCAGCAACUCGCGCUGCAGCAGCACGCCCGCCUCUCCCCCGUCGCAGCAGCAGCAGCAGCAGCAGCAAAAAACUACAACCCUAGACAGGCGGGGCCCUGGCGAGAAUACUUCACCUCCGAUUGCAUGCCUUAUUAUCACAACGAGACGAACAACGUAACUACUUGGGAGAAGCCUGCGGACUUUGAUGCCUUGUGUGGGGUCAGCAGCAGCAGCAGCAGCAGAGCCGGCUGCUGCACGCAAACGGGAUCCGAUCCCACCGGCCCCCCCGGCGCUAAUAUCUUCAUCUUCCAUAUACCUAAGGACUGGGGGAGGCAGCAGCUGCUGAGUGCCUUUGGGGGGUUCGGAGCUGUUGUCUCAUGUUAUGUUGCACUGGACAAAGAAAGCGGCAGAAACAAAGGCUUUGGGUUCGUUUCUUAUACAACUCCUGCUGCUGCUGCUGCUGCUGUUAACGCUAUGAACAACUGUGUCGUAAGCAACAAACGCCUCAACGUCUCCAUUAAAAAAGGAGAAGAAAAACAUGCAGCUCUCCACCUCCUUUCCCCAGCAGCGACUCAGCAGACCACCAAGAGGCAGCAGCAGCAACAACAGCAGCAGCAACAGCAACAGCAGCCGCAGCAGCAGCAGCAGCAGCACAUGCAAGUGCAGCAGCAACACAACUUCCAGCCCCAGCAUACCCUCCCUCAACAAGCACAGCCUUACUGCGUACCGACUGUCUGUGCCCCCAUGCAGCAGCAGCAGGAAGACCAUAGCGACACCGUAGCGGCAACAGCAGCAGCAGCAGCAGCACCCGCAGCAGUUGUUGGAUACAACACCGCCCAACAGCUGUCCCCCUACGCAACGCAGCCCCAGCACCCAUUCCCGCAAUGCUAA